AUGGCUUUGGCUUUGAAGCUAUCUUCCUUAAGCUCGAUUUGCUUCCUUUCUGUUCUCUUCUUUUUCUCUCUUGCAAAUUCCUUACCAAUUUAUAAUACACCAGAAACCCUCUGCAACUCUUCACCUUUCCCUGAUUUUUGCGAGUCAUCUUUACCGUAUGACAAGCCUGGAACCGCACAAGACUAUGCAAAGAUUUCCAUUUCUCAGUCUUUAUCAAAUGCGAGAAACUUUCUUUCACUUGUCCAACAUUAUUUGAGUCUUCCUUCUACAUCCUAUGAAUCUACGAUUAGAGCCCUCGAAGAUUGCCAGUUUUUAGCUCAACUAAAUAUAGAUUCUUUAUCAUAUGCACUUGAAAACAUAAAUAAUUAUAAUAAUAGUUCAACUGAUAAUCUUCUUCCAAGUUUGCUAACCGAUGAUUUACUAACUUUGUUUAGUGCAACUUUGACUAAUCAGGAGACUUGCCUUGAAGGGCUUCAAAUUACAGAAUCAGCUUCUUCAAGUAUCUUGAAUGGCUUAUCAACUACCCUUUCUAAUGGAAGCAAGAGUUUUAGUACUUCACUUGCUCUUUAUAGCAAUGGUUGGAUUCCCAAAACAAAGAGUGGUAGAUCAUCGUCAACAAGAAGAAACUUGCCUGCAAUUGGAAAAAGAUUGCUUGCUAGUCAAAGUAACUCAUUUCUUGAUAGUGUUAAUGUUAGAAAAAUGGUGUUAGUUAAUCCUAAUGGGACAGGGGAUUUUCCUACCAUUAGCGAUGCUGUGAACGCUGCACCUAAUGACACAACUAGCGAAAAUGGAUAUUUUGUUAUUUAUGUUGUUGCUGGUGUUUAUAAUGAGUAUGUUUCUAUACCCAAGAACAAGAAAUAUUUAAUGAUGAUCGGAGACGGUAUAAACCAAACUAUCAUUACGGGCAAUCGAAGCGUAGUUGAUGGCUGGACGACAUUCAAUUCUGCAACAUUUGUGGUAGUUGCGCAAGGAUUUGUUGCAGUGAACAUAACAUUUCAAAAUACAGCAGGAGCAGUUAAGCAUCAAGCAGUUGCAGUUAGAAAUGGAGCAGACAUGUCUACAUUUUACAACUGCAGUUUCGAAGGGUAUCAAGACACAUUAUAUACACAUUCCCUCAGACAAUUCUACAGAGACUGUGACAUAUAUGGCACGAUAGAUUAUAUAUUUGGCAACGCAGCGGUUGUUUUGCAGAACUGUAAUAUUUAUUCAAGACUACCCUUACCCGGCCAGUAUAAUACAAUUACUGCACAAGGUAGAACUGACAUUAAUCAAAAUACAGGUACUUCAAUACAAAAUUGUAGUAUAGUAGCAGCUGCUGAUUUGGCUACAAGUAAUGGCACUACAAAAAGUUAUUUAGGUAGGCCAUGGAAAGAAUAUUCAAGAACAAUUGUUAUGCAAUCUUUUAUUGAUAGCUUAAUUGAUCCUACUGGAUGGGCUCCAUGGUCAGGAGAUUUUGCACUUGCUACACUUUAUUAUGCAGAAUAUGAUAAUAAUGGUCCUGGAUCAAAUACUAGCAGUAGAGUUACAUGGCCUGGUUAUCAUGUUAUUAAUGCCACAGAUGCUGCUAACUUUACUGUCACCAACUUUACUCAAGGAGACUUCUGGUUGAACACGACAGGAGUACCUUAUUUCAGUGGUUUAUUGUAA